AUGUCCCGCCGCAGUUCUGUGUCUUCCCAGCAAAAUUCUCGGUCGCUAUCAACAGACGAGCUUCUCACCGUGGAUAGCAAGUUUAUUCCACGCGCCGCAAAGCGCUCCGAUGACGGAUUCCACAAGGCUGGAAGCACCUACUAUUUUCCAAAUGGCGAGAUUUUUCGACCCAGAAACUCUCCGCAUAGAAAAAACCGUCCUGCUCGAUACCCAAAGUCAAACUCACUCAAGGGUUCCUACCAUUACAUUCCUCCGUCCCUGGCACCAGAAACUACUGGUGUACCACCUAAUGCUACAUUCCCCAGUCGCGGCCAUCAUCCCGCCCACGUCAACGGCCAAGGAUAUCCUGCACCAAGUCAGCAAUACCCUAGAAACCAACCUCUGGGCCACCCAGGCGGCCUCUCAAGCCAUCCGAACAGCAACCUAAUUCCUCGCUCGUCAUCUAUGGUUUCCAUGAACUCUUCCAUAUCAAUCCAGACAGCACCACCAUACGUUCCUCGUUCAAGCUCGUUCACAAACGUUAAAAAGGCAUCGCAGCAACACCUCGCACACUCUCUCCGCUCCAACAGAAUAGACACCCCGACAAAUAUCAACAUCCAACAUUUGACUCCCACCACCCUGCAUUCGCCCCGAAUGGCGUCCAAACCAACUUUUCAGUCAAACAAUAUCUUGAGAAACAGCUCAUCGCUCUCGAUCGCUUCAGCAGAACUCCCUGUGGACACACCUACUCACCAUAAUUCCGACUCCAAUCCGUCUAGUCUCUCAAACUACACCCUCAACCGCUCAAUGUCAAACACCCCACAGACUUCUAUCAAUACGUCUGUCGACGACGUGGGCAACCCUUUGACUAAAACACCAAAAUCAGACCCUUCGAGUGAUAUAUCCAAGUCAAACUCAUUGGAGAGUAUCCGUGAAACUGAAGUCAACACUAUCACAAGCAGCGAUGCAGUUAGCUCGCAGAAAUCUUUCACGAUCUCCAAGCCUGUCCUCUCCUCGGUUGAUAGCGAAGAAUCCUCUUCUUUCGAAAGCGCAGUCGAGCCAAAUCUCAGUACAUUGGAGGAAGAAGCAGACAAAGCAUCGAUUCCUGAUACUCACACAGUGACCAUUGAAUCAUUGAGAGAACAUGAGUAUCCGGAAGCAAACUUGGACAUGGAUCUGGUGCACGAGGUUUCUGAAGCUUCUUACGAACCUUCACCAGAGACCGAAAAUCAGUCUGAGGUUACGCCAGUAGAUCCUAAUGGUGUACUGGGUCUGGGUCUGGGUCUGGAUAACGACCUGGAUCACGGUGACGAUACCAACUCGGGAAACUCUCAAUCUGAAUGCGACUCUGCUUCCAGCCGUACGUUAAAUGAGACUCAUUCAUAUGAAGAAAAUGCGGCCGCUAAAAGUAAUCGCGAUGAGUCUGCGAGUGAUGGGCCUGCUAAUAACGUGCCUGAAGAACCAGAAAAUGUGCAGUCAGAUAAAGGGCACUCAGAUGAACAUAAACUAGGUUCAUCUUCCUCCAAUAAGAACGGCUUGACAAUAAGCGUUCCCACGAAAGACGAAAUUGCAUCUCUUCCCUCGCCAAACGAUUUAAAGACACCUAAGGAUCGCAUUACCGCUUCCUCGAGUACAAAAUCAUUUGAAUCGGUAAGCCGAUUGAUUGAAGGUUACCUGAACGAUUACGAGUCUUCUCCAAAUGGAUCUGUUAAAACUCCAAAGACCAACUUUUUUGACUUUCAUAAAGAUGACGCAUUUGAUCGCUUCCUCAAUGACGAACAGGGUACCCCACCUAGAGGUGAUGUCGCCGUUGUUGGUAAUAAAAUCCGCAAGCAUGAACGGUCGGUUUCCUCCAUCAGCUCCUUCAACGAAGUUUUGAAUGAGUCUAAACGUAACUCUCAGUAUGGUGACAUGGGCUCACCAAUUCCUCAUGACAAGAGGCUGCAUAAGGUUUCUCCUGACCGGAAUUCAUUACCUCCUCCAGAUACCUCUAUAAUAGGCUCGUCUCCUCAGUCGAGUAAGAACUCGAUAAUUAGUUCCAAUCCUAAUUUGACAGCGAAGGAAGCUCCUAUGCCCCCUAUUGCACAGGUGCAAUCGGAACAAUCUGAAAUAAGCCAUUCGGAGCUCUUGUCUACUCCUAAAGAUAAAGAUGUGGAAAUCACUGAUUCUGUGAUAAAGGGUAUGCCAUUGGAGUCAUCUCCAGAACCACCGACUCCAAUCUCGAAAGAUAAUACUCCAAAGAAGGUGCCCACUGUUACCAGAUCCAUGUUGGAUGUUGUUGAGGACGUGGUAGAAAAGAAGCCUGAAGACUCGGCGACCAAGAAAGAAUUCACCAUAAACGUUCCAAAAUACAAUAAGGAUUUUGACAAGGCACUUCCUCUUCUGCCAACGGUGAAGCCCAAAGGGAUUAUCACAAACGAAAAAGAAGAGACACAAAAGCCCAAGUCACCCGUCGAACCAAAGGCUCCACUGCCUCGAAAAUCGCCUCUGAAGCCCAAAUCCUUACCAAAUUUGUCACCAUCUACGUCCACGUCCAACUUUAAGCUGUUCUGGAAGAAAUUCAAAGGUGAUAAGCAACCAGUGUCCAAGCCACAAACCAAAGAACGGACAGAGAAAAAGAUCUCUUUCUUUGCAAAGGUACCCAAAUUUCGCCAAAGUGAAGAACGGUUGCCAGUUGUAAAGGAACCAAUUGUUGCUCCGGUACUGCAACCGCCCGCGCGAGAACAGCUGCUAGUACGCAAUUCUAUUUACGACUUGACACUAACGAAGCUUCCAACAAUAGAGGCAGACUCUAGUCUUCUUGAUGAUGUCUUGAACAGCUUUAAUGAGACCAUGGGUUCCGAUCGUGCCAAAGCAGUGGACUCUGAUGGUGUUACCAUGGAACCAUUUCUACGGGACGAUGAAUUGACAAGAGAUCAGAUUGAAGAUCAGCAGAAGCGUGAUCAGAUUCCGAACGAUGAAGCUGAAGACGAGAAUGAAGCUAAUAAUGAGGAAGGUCUGAGCCAUUCGCAAGAUAACUCAGACGAGGCGUAUAUUGAUGAGAAUUUGCGAUACUUGCAAGAGGAGCUACUUUGGCCCAUUGAUUCUGAUUUUAAGGCACUCGAAGACCCAAAGUUCCCAGCGAGACGAAAGUCAUAUGACACGAUCAGACGUUCAAUGGUAUUCGAUGCCGAGCCUGAUUCAGAGACUUUCGUGUUGGAAAACUACGAGUUGAAGAACUUGUUCGAUAACACUACUGAACAACAGCGUAAGCGUUUACCAUUCCACCUCAAGCAUAUUGGGCAAUUCACUGAUUUUGAUCGUCUUGAGAUUCUGGCAGAAAAGUUUUCUAUGACCCCGGUGGUUCCCAAGCCCAAGCCAUGUGCAGCCAUGGCACCAAUUCUCAAGACUAGUGGAACUUCCAAACCACGCAGAUCGGUGGAAUUUUCAAGGAAAAUAUCCAUAACUGAAACGUUCUCUCCUGACUUCUACAAGAGGUACAACAAGUCCUGUGACCCAGUACACCUUGACGGAGUCCGCUCGAGAUUUUGA